AAACUCAGGUCACCUUUGGGGGUGGGGGGACCAGGAGUUGGAAAGAAAAACUGGUGACUUAAGAUUAAAGUGCCAACCUUUGAAAUAAUACUAAUCAUAUAAUAAUAAUAAUAAUUACAAUGACUGUGUGCUCUAGAGCCCCCUAGAGAGUCACUGUCCGCUUUCACUGAUCACUGGUGGUAGGGAAUCUGCUCAGAGAGACUCGGUGAUUCACCAGGAGUCACACAGCCAGAGGAGGGAGUUGAACUGGGUUGGGGGGGCCCUACAGUCUCCACCACCCAGAUCCCGUAGUCUCAAUCCCUGGAGACAACCUUUGGCGAGCAGCUCCUUUGCUUCUUUCUCCUGCGAAUGUUGACAGACAUUCUGGGGUCAGCAGUGAGCUGCCGAAGUGGAGAGGACAAAAGUGCCUGUCCCAGGUGUGUGGGGUCAUUUAGUCAAGCAACAAAGACUAAGUAGUUACGGUAUGCCAGGCUCUGGGCUGGGCGCUGGGAACACAGUGAGGACUGAGGCAGGGCCAGAUCUGCCCUUGUGAUAUGUGCUGGGAGGAAAAUAAAACACGGACACGUAUUAGAGAAUGCCUGGGGCGUAGGGCAGGCUCCCGUAGCUGGACAUAGGGACCUCUCCAGGGAGCCGACCAUCCGCUGAGACCUGAAAGAGGAGGAGUCACCAGCCAGGCAAGAGCUGGGAGAGCAGCAUACCAGGCAGAGGGAACAGCAUGUGCAAAGGUCCUGAGGUGGAAACAAGCUUGGCAUGUCUGAGGAACAGUGAGGAGGCUGGUGUGGCUGGAACAGAAGGAGCAAAGGGGAGAGAGGAGGAAGGUGAGGGUAGAGGGUUCUGCAGGCAGGGGCUGAGGUGAAGGAGGAAACUGCAGAACAAUGGGGAGCCAUGGAGGGUGUGUGAGCAGAUCAGAGACUAGCCUGGUUUAUGAUUUUCAAAAGCCCCUGUGGCUGCCGUGGAGAACAAGGACUAUCAGGGCAUGACAGGAAGUGACAGAAGACCAGAGGGGAGGCCAAAGGGGCAUCUGAGUAGUCAGCUGGGCUGGGACCAGGUUGGGGCCUCAGGGUUAGAGAAAAGUGGGCAGAUUCUGGGACUGAGCUGGGCAUGGAGGAUGAACUGUUUGCGGCCAGCUUUCUGCCUGAUGCUGAGGCACCCUGGGGAAGGAGGGAUUCAUUGUGCCUGGGGAAAUCUAGGAAGGCAGCCUGGGGGAGGUGUUGUUGCUCUUUGAGCUGGGUCUUGAAGGGUGAAUAGGAGUUUGCCAGUAGCCAACUGGAGCCAUGCCCAGGAUCUAAUCAUACAGAUGCCGUGAGGGCCACAGGGAGCCACUGAAGCACUCAGAAUUAGCAGCGACAUGAUCAUAUUUUAGCAAGGAAGGAUCCCUCUGGGGGCCUGGCAGAGACUGGACUGGAGCCUAAGGGGCCAGGAAGGAGCUUUUGAAAUGGUCCAGGUCAUGAUCAGGCCAGUAGCAACUGGGAGCCUCCAGUCAGCCAUCACGCUAUGCCUAGCACGUUGAAUGGGAAUUACCUCCCUAGCCCCUCCCCCUGCCCUUGGAGGGCUCUCAUUGCCCUGCUGAAGAAACUGAGGCUCAGAGAGGGACAGUCCCUUGCCCAUGACCACGGUAUGAGUUUCCAGGGGCUGCUGUAACAAAUGACCAUUAAGCUGGUGGGCUUAAAACAACAGAAAUGUGUUCUGUCACAUUUUGGAGGCCAGCAGUCUGAAAUCUGGGUGUGGGUGGGGCCGCACUCCCUCCGGAUGCUCUGGGAGAGGUCUCUUCCAGUCUCUGGUGGCUCUAGAUAUUCCUCGGCUUGUGGCUGCAUCACUUCAGUCUCUGCCUUUGUCUUCACGUGGUCGUCUGCCCUGUGCAUCUGUCUGUGUCUUCAGUGGUCUUAUAAGAAUACCAGUCAUCGGAUUAGCACCCACCCUAAUCCAGUAUGGCCCCAUCUUAAUUUAACUACAUCUGUGUGACCAAGUAAGUGACAUUCGGAGGUCCUGGAUGGACUGGAAUCUUGGGGGGAAACUGUUCAAACCAGAACACCCACGCAGCAGGUCACUGUGCUUCGGAAUCAAGUCUUUGCCCUCUAUCCCUUGUGCCAAGGCGAGGGCUGUAGGGAUGCGGACAGAGGGGUGGCCUGGAGUGAAUUUAGGGUGAGGAUGGACAGAUCUGGGGUCCCAUUGGAUGUGGGAGUCGCUGGGGAGGAAGAGUUAGUCUGGAGCCUUCCAGCUUGAGUGUGGGGAGGGAGGGGAGGCUAGUGUCUGGAGCAGGGAUGCCACCGCCAGCUGAAUGAACAAGACAGCCCCAGGGCAGGUCCCCUGGUAGAUGUGGCAGGGUCUCCCAGACCUUGGCUGCUUGUGGGAACUCCGUGCUAAUGACAGAGCCGAUUCCCUGCCUGCAUGUCACCCCCAGGCUUUCACCUCCUCCUCCAGAGUAGGGACUGCGGGCUCCUCCGUGGGCUGCCCGUGGCGAGGACCCAGGGAUGCCAGGCGCGGUCCUUUCCCACCCCUCCCUGGCCUCGUUUCCCCUCUGAACCAUCUGCAAGGGCCAAUUGUCUUUAUUUAUUGAUGCAAAGUCUUACCGUGUCUGCUGGCCUGAAUCCGUGAGUUUGGGGGGUUUUGUGUGUCCUCGUCCCCACAGUAUCCCCACCUCAGGGUGCAAGCCCUGCAUACAGGAGGUGCUCGAUAAAUGCCAAUAGAAUACAUGAAGCUUCUCCAGGUCCCUGAAUACUAGAGAGCCCAGGAACAAGCCCUCUGGGUUGCCCCUUCCUGCCCCCACAGUUCACAGGAUGCUAGGGGGCUUAACUGGCUGUGACUUUUGCUCUGCUCGGGGUCCUCCCAACACAGCCCUGUGAGUGGGUCCCCUGCCCGCCUCUGUGACUCGCCCCACACCAUUUACUCCUUCGCUUUAGCCCUACUGCUCCCUUCUCUUCCUCCAACACACCCUCCUCAGUCUCACCUCAGCGCCUUUGCCCUUGCAGUGCCCUCCGCCAGGUGCACCCUUCUCCAGCUCUUCUAGGGAUGGCCCCCUUUCAAACGUUUCCUCUUCCGAGAGGCCUCCCCUAACCACGCUAGUUAAAGACUCCCAUCCCCGUUCCUAUUUAUCUAGACUUCAUGGGAUCCUUUUCCAAAGCUUUUGUGUGGAAGCUUUCCUAGUCCUUUACGUGGAGAGGUUUGUUCCUUUCCUCUAGAAGAUCCGCUCCAAGGGGAACGCGUUGUAUCAGUCUCAGACUCUGCAACCCCAGCAUCAGACUUAGAGAAGGAGCUCGGUGGGUAUGUGAAUGAAUGAAUGUGUGGAUGAAUGAAUGAAUGAGAGUGAGUGAAUACCUUCCCCACCCUGCCAUCCCCACAUUCACAGGGGACUCAGGGUCCUGCCUCCUUCCAGGCAGUCAUCCCUGAGACCCAGGAUGGGUCUGAGAUUUCUGUAAAUGCACAGAAAUUCACAGAAAGCUGUGAGGGGGGAGGUUGCCAGUCCGCCCCUGUUCAGGCCACUGCCUCUGAGUCCUUCAGUUCCAGUGAGGUUCCCCCAGGUUUCCUGCACCCAGACCCACGGCCACUGCCCUGAACUUGUGGUGCAGCCCUCAGGCACCUGGAGGGCUAUGUGUUUAGCCUCCGCCCCUUCACCAGUCUGUAGGUCAUUUCCUGGGGCUGAGUCCCAAGGGCCUCCCAGCUGAAGUUCAUUUGUGUGUGCCUCAGGUCCCUUCCAGCCAACUGUGGGCUGUUGAGAGGCUUUGUCUGGAAUGGAGACUCAGGUAUACCCCACCCAUAGCUCCACCUUCAUCCACCCUCAACCUCUAUCCUCCAAUUCCACCCUUGCCUCAGAGGGGUGAGAUUCCAGCAGACAGCAGGGCCAACUUGGGCAGGAGGUGAUCGCUCACCAGAUUGACUAUCCUAAAAUCAGCUCCUUGAAGGAGGUCCCUGAUUCCUCAGGGCAGGCAAGCCCAAAGGGGAAAUAGGGAUCUUUCCAGAGAGAGAAGGUAGACGCAGAGUCUGCAGGGCCUGGUUAGGGUGGGAGGGCUGGAGGGGCCUUGGGGGGCUGUGGUGAAUGCUUUUCUGUGAUGCUUUUGUGAAUUUCUGGUCGUUUACCUGUUGGACUUGAAUUCAGAAAGCAUCAGAUUCUGCAGGGACGCUACAGCAGUCUGUGCAGCCCGAGCAACCCAUAGCCACGUUGAGAAUGCUUCUCAUGGGGCAGGAACCCAUACAGGGGCAGGCUCAGGCUGUCAGGGGCCAGGGCCUUGAAUGUGGCACAGGGAUGUGUGCCAGACCCUGAGGGAGAUGUGGGUGGUUCCGUCACUGUUGUGCUUUAGAAAGAGCCCCUGGUGGCCCAGGCAAAGGAACAGCAAGUGCAAAGGCCUGGAAUGAGCUGAGGGGAGUCUGAGGAGGCCUGGGAUGGAGGGCUGGUGAGUGGAUGGGGGGAUGCAGCGGGGAGCGUGGUUUAGAAUGCAUCCCUUUAUGUUCCCACAACCCCACUCCUGGAGCCCCUGUGGACACAGCAGGGUAUGGGUGGUCUCCAGGCCUCGACUUCGCAACUAUCACAGACCUGCGCACUGUCACCACGGCUAGGCCUUCCUCAGGGUGUCCCCGGCAGGCUGGGAUAAAGAAGAGGCUCUCGAGAGGAGGGAACAGGAGUCCCAUCUGCUGACCCCUGGCUAUCACCUGGCUGUGCUGAGCCUCACCGCCAUCACUGGCCCAUGGGCCUACCCCCCACCCAAGCAGCUGUCCACUCAUUCAUUCAUUCAGCCCAGCUCUUUUCUGGGGACCACAGAAGAAACAAAACAGAUCAGCUGCCCUCAGGCAGUGAGGAGCAAUCAGAUGUUUCUGACCUGGUCCAAAGCUCAGGGCCAGGAAGAAAACAGAUGGGGGCGGGGGUGGGGAGGUGCGGAGCUGGGAGAGAGAUGGGAGGAAGCUGCUGCCCUGAGGAGCCCCCGGGCUGGGGAGGACGGAGUCAGACUCAGUCACCUAGGUGACAGGGUGACAGGGUGGGGACAGGGUGAGGCUGCCUGGAAAAGGAGGAGGUAAGGGCUCCCCACCUUCCAGUCCCCAAGGCUCCUCUGAGCUGCCAUUAACAUUGAAUGAAUGUUAUCCAAGGGGCAUCUUCAGUGCCAGGAGAAAGGGGCACCAUUUGGGGGACUCCCAAAGUAGUCUCCUGCUGCCCUGCCAUCCUGGCAUUGGUUUGGGGAAUUAGGACGGGGGGAGGGGGCUAAUAAGUCUGAGUGGCCCUCUCCUUCCAAAGAAGAUGACCCUUGCCACAACAGGCAACCCCUCCACCCCUGGAAGCCCCCAUAUCCAGCUCCGAGGCACCUUCUACCUGCCAACAUCCUACCUCCCCACCCCCAAGCCUCCCCCAACACGGAGGGGACGUUUGAUGAGGUCAUUUCAGGAGGGAGAUGUCCGGUCACUUUACAAAGCUGUCCCCUCAGUAAGUGCGUGGUGUGAUCAGCCCCCAGGCGCGCAAAUGUUGAGAGGUGGCUGGAGUUUGGGGACCUGAUUUUGGAGGAGGGGUGGUUAGUUCUCAGAGGCUGUCGAGGUCGGGAGUUUCCGCUUCGCUAAGAUCCUCUCCGUCGCGCAGGGGCGAGAGGGUGAGUUUGAGGACCAGCCGCGCGCUGGGGGGCGAAGUGGGAACUAGGGAAUGAGGGAUCUUUAAAUGGAGGCGGGGCUUGCGGGGUCGCCGGGGGCGGUGCCAACCCGGGCUUGGCCAAUCGGCGGCGCCGCCGGCGUCGCACCGCCCCCUCCUCUCCCGGCCCGGGCGGGCGCUCGCCCCCCCGGCCGGGCCCAUGGACAGGGCGGCCGGGGAUGCGCACGCUGCCGCCGCCCCCGGCCCCACCGCCCCGGGGCCUUGCGCCCGCCCGCUGCUGCCCGCCCCGACCGCGACCCCGGCCCCGGCUCCCGCCAGGGGGUCCACGGUCGCGCGGGACCCUCUUCCCUCCAGCCUCGUCCGUCCGCCCGAGCCGAGUCCCGCAGGUCAGCGCGGGAGCCCAGUUGCUGAGCCAUGCUGGGCCCCGGGCGGCCGGCAGCAAGCCCAACCCCGCCACCCACAUAGUCAUGAACAGCCACAGACACAAUGGCUGCGGGGGACAGCCACUGGGUGGCGGGCUGGGUGCCCUGGGCCGAGACCCUCCGGACCCCGAGGCCGGCCACCCCCCGCAACCUCCAAAUGGCCCAGGCAUCCAGGUGGUGGUGGCCAAGAGUGAGCCGGCCCAGCCCUCGCCCGGCAGCCCCCGGGGGCAGCCCCAGGACCAGGAAGAAGAGGAAGAUGAGGAGGAGGACGAGGCAGGCAGGCAGAGGGGCUCAAGGAAGCCCCCCAGCGUUGGCCACCGCCUGGGCCACCGGCGGGUGCUCUUCGAGAAGCGGAAGCGCCUCAGUGAUUACGCCCUCAUCUUCGGCAUGUUCGGCAUUGUUGUCAUGGUGACAGAGACGGAGCUGUCCUGGGGGGUCUACACCAAGGAGUCCCUGUACUCAUUUGCACUCAAAUGCCUCAUCAGCCUCUCCACGGUCAUCCUGCUGGGCCUGGUCGUCCUCUACCACGCCCGGGAGAUCCAGCUGUUCAUGGUGGACAACGGGGCGGACGACUGGCGCAUCGCCAUGACGUGCGAGCGCGUCUUCCUCAUCUCCCUGGAGCUGGCCGUGUGCGCCAUCCACCCGGUGCCCGGCCAUUACCGCUUCACGUGGACGGCGCGGCUAGCCUUCACGUACGCGCCGUCAGCGGCCGAGGCCGACGUGGACGUGCUGCUGUCUGUGCCCAUGUUCCUGCGUCUCUACCUGCUGGGCCGCGUCAUGUUGCUGCACAGCAAGAUCUUCACGGACGCCUCGAGCCGCAGCAUCGGCGCCCUCAACAAGAUCACCUUCAACACGCGCUUCGUCAUGAAGACGCUGAUGACCAUCUGCCCGGGCACCGUGCUCCUCGUCUUCAGCAUCUCCUCCUGGAUCAUCGCCGCCUGGACCGUGCGGGUCUGCGAGAGGUACCACGACAAGCAGGAAGUGACCAGCAACUUCCUGGGAGCCAUGUGGCUCAUCUCCAUCACCUUCCUCUCCAUCGGCUACGGCGACAUGGUGCCCCACACCUACUGCGGGAAGGGCGUGUGCCUGCUCACUGGCAUCAUGGGGGCCGGCUGCACGGCGCUUGUGGUGGCCGUGGUGGCCCGGAAGCUGGAGCUCACCAAGGCAGAGAAACACGUGCACAACUUCAUGAUGGACACUCAGCUCACCAAGCGGGUAAAAAACGCCGCUGCUAACGUUCUCAGGGAGACGUGGCUCAUCUACAAACACACCAGGCUGGUGAAAAAGCCAGACCACUCCCGGGUUCGGAAACACCAGCGUAAGUUCCUCCAAGCCAUCCAUCAGCUCCGGAGUGUGAAGAUUGAGCAAGGGAAGCUGAAUGACCAGACCAACACACUCGCAGACCUGGCCAAGACCCAGACUGUCAUGUACGACCUCAUGUCGGAGCUGCACGCCCAGCACGAGGAGCUUGAGGCCCGCCUGGCUGCCCUGGAAAGCCGCCUGGAUGCAUUGGGCGCCUCCCUGCAGGCCUUGCCCGGCCUCAUCGCCCAAGCCAUACACCCGUCCCCACCACCCCUGCCUCCCCGGCCUGGCUCCGGCCCCCUGGACCAGGUGGCUCCGAGUCCCCCACACCGGUGGCCACCCAUGGCCCCUUCAGACUGCGGGUGACGGCCCUGCCUGCCACCGGACCCCUCAAUCUUGGCCAUCGUGUGGCCGUCACCUCCAUGCCAUCCAAGAAGCCCUGUACAGUGGCGCCUCUUGGAGUUCAAGGAGCCGAAGCUGAGUUGGGCUGAUUGGACUGGGGCCUGCCCGCCCCCCCCCGCGCCCCACCCAGACUGUCCAGGCAGAGGGCAGGGCCGGACCGUAGGCGAAGGCAGGGGUGGGCCACCGCCCGCUUCCUCCCUGAUUGGAGCUGGGGGAGCCUGGAGCUUCCUCUGGUCCCUUGGCCCCCCGGCUCUCCCCAGGCCCCCGGUUGGGUGAGGAGCAGCCAGGAGAGGGGUCCUUGCCAGUUCCAAAUAAAGCAGGACCCACCCACUUGCUGCCUGUUGUGCAUGGCUCGGGGACAUUCAUAAUCACAACAUGGGAGGCGGACACCUGGCCCUGGGGUUCCAGACGGGAUGUGGGGGUCAACGUGACCCCAUCCCCAUCACCAUCCUAGCCUGGUAGUCUCCGGGGCCUGAACUCAAUCAGAGACACUUCCCUGAGGACACCUGCACCAGUUGCCAGGGGCACCAACGGAGGGACCUUCAGAGAACGUGGCCCAGCCCUGGCCUGCAGGAGGCAGCAGAGAGUCAGAACCUCCUUCCAGCAGGCAUUGCUGGAGCACCCACUAGGGGCCAGGCUCCAGCCCAGCUGUGGAUCAUGGUCCAGACGGGGAAGUAACACGAGUGAGGAGGGCCAUUCCGUCUUCGGUGGACACGGAUUGAGCACUUGCUGUAUACAGACAAUGUAAUGUAAAUUAUCACACUGACUUCACCAGAACCUGAACAGGGUAGGAUGGGGAGACUCAAAGAAGUGAAGCCACCUGCCUGGGGCUACAGAGUGAGGAAUGAGCCAGGAUUUCAACUCAGGGGUCCAUAGGCCAAAGGGAGGAAUGGAUUUGGUGGGGGGCACUCCAUGGGGAGGGGAGUGAUGUGAUCCUGAGGUUAGAGAAGCCCCUCUGGGGCAGGAUGGGGGAAAGUUUCUAGACAGAAGUAGAAUCAAAAGGUCCCUCCAGGCCUUGGGCUUUGAGUGCUGGAGUCAGGUGGCAGCGGCAGGCACUUGACAGAUGCUUGACAGGCACUUGACAGGGCCCUGAGUGGAGAGGGAGGCUAAUCUGGGUCUAGCUGAGAGCCCGGGCUCUGGCAGCCUCUGAUAAGGCCAUGGGCCACCUCCCGGGGGUGACAGGUGGGGCACGAGAGCAAGGAGGGUCUAGGGAGGUGUCAGUGGGCUGCGGUCAGACGUGGGUUCGAGUCCCGACUGCCGGCGGCCGAUGGCCCUAGCCAGUGGCUGCCCCUCUGGGGGCCUCAGUUUCCUCUUCAGUAAGAUCGGAUGCCGAAAAUAGGGCACCGUGUUCACCCUUGGG